AUGAAAUUGCUAGAAAAAAUUUUCAGGACACAUGACAACUCUCCCCUGCGUUUGAUACGCGACCUGCUCUGGACCAUACUUCUGGUAAAUUAUGAAAUCCUACGAAGCAUCUACAAGUGGUUUAUACCAAAUGAACGUAAGGAUAUCCGUGGAGAAGUCGUGCUGAUCACAGGCACAGGUCAUGGCAUUGGAAGGGAGAUGGCGCUGCGUUUUGCACGACUUGGUGCAAAGGUUGUCUGUGUUGACAUUAAUCCGCAGAGUAAUGAAGAAACGUAUAACAUGAUUACAUCUGAAUUGGGAUAUGCAUUCAAAUAUGUAUGUGACGUUACUGAUCGAACCGCAGUAAUGGCGCUGGCCGAAAAGGUUCGCAAGGAUGUCGGAGACGUGGAUAUCCUCGUGAAUAACGCUGGCAUCAUGCCCUGUAAACCGUUCUUGCAGCAGACCGAACAGGAGAUUCGCUUAUUGAUGGACAUCAAUGUCAACGCUAAUAUGUGGUUAAUUCAAGCAUUUCUGCCAGCGAUGGUGGAGCGCAAUCACGGCCACAUCGUGGCAAUGUCAUCGAUAGCCGGUCUCAUGGGACUUCAAAACCUGGUGCCUUACUGCGGAUCAAAGUACGCCGUCCGGGGCAUCAUGGAAGCACUUGCAAUUGAACUGCGAUGCGAACCCAGGGAUACCAGUGGUAUAAAAUUCACGACAGUCUGUCCAUACAUCGUGAACACGGGUCUCUGCAAAAAGCCUCGUAUCCGUUUCCAGAGCCUCAUGAAAGUUGUCGAGCCUGAAGACGCUGCAGACAUCAUUGUAGACGCCGUCUUGAGGGACUCACUGGAAAUCACUGUUCCUAGUAUAUUUUACUACGCUAUUCGAUUUGCGUAUCGCUUGAUACCAUUUACGGCGGCGGCAAUUAUCAUUAACUUUUUCGACUCUGGACUUGAGGCACACGACGAUUAA